AUGGAUAGGUCAUGGGUGCAUGCUGAUAGGAGAUCUCAUGAAUAUAAGUUAGGGGUGGCAGAGUUUUGUCAGUUUGCUUUGGGAAAUGCUAGAGACCCUAACCGUAUUUGUUGUCCUUGCACAAAGUGUGGAAAUGUGAAAGAUUUUUCUGCACAAGUGAUAAAGGAUCACUUGUUUGUAAAUGGGAUUAACACAGAUUAUGUGAAAUGGACAGAACAUGGGGAGGUUGUAGUGGAGUCGGGAUCAUAUACGGAUAGUGAAAGUCUUGAAUCAGAGCCAAUUGAAUCUGACUCUGUACAGGGUAACAUGAGGGCAGAUUAUGAAGUACAAUUAGAUAGUGAUGUGGAGUUGGAAGGUGAUGAGGAUGAGGAGCUUUCGAGUGAGUGUAAUGAAUUCAAGAAAUUUGUUGACGAUGCCAACAAACCCUUGUACCCUGGUUGCAAUAGGCACACCAAGAUGAAUGUGCUUGUGAGGCUUUACAACUUGAAAGCCAAGCAUGGGAUGAGUGAUUCGGCUUACUCGGACUGGUUGAUUGCCUUUGCUGAGUAUCUGCCGGAAGGAAACGAGAUACCUUCCUCUGUGUACGAAGCAAAGAAGAGUUUGAGUGCAUUAGGAAUGGAUUACACCAAAAUACAUGCCUGCCCUAAUGACUGUAUUCUGUACAGAAAACAAUAUGCCGAUGACACUAUUUGUCCUACAUGUGGUACAUCUAGGUGGAAAAUAUGCAAAAACAAGAAAGAAAGAGAGGGAGUCCCCACAAAAGUGUUAUGGUAUUUCCCUCCUAUUCCUAGGUUCAAAAGAAUGUUUCAAUCAACUGAAACAUCAAAGGCCUUAACUUGGCAUGCCACCGAGAGAAACAAGGAUGGCUUAAUUCGCCAUCCUGCAGAUUCUGCGGCUUGGAAGUUGGUAGAUGAAAAAUGGGCAGAUUUUGGUAAUGAGCUACGAAACCUACGACUUGCAUUGUCAUCGGAUGGGUUCAAUCCCUUUAGCUCCUUAAGCAGCAAGUAUAGUUGUUGGCCCGUUAUUUUGGUAACCUAUAAUCUACCUCCAUGGUUGGUAAUGAAGAGGAAACACAUGAUGCUUACCUUAUUGAUAUCGGGCCCUAAACAACCAGGAAACGACGUCGAUGUUUACCUUGAACCAUUAAUAGAUGACUUAAAGCUGCUAUGGGAAGGGGUGAAUGGAGUUUACGAUGCCAUCAAAAAUGAAACUUUUACUCUUAGGGCUCUACUAUUCUGGACAAUCAAUGAUUUUCCAGCGUAUGGUAAACUUUCAGGGAGUAUAGUCAAAGGCUACAAUGCAUGUCCGAUUUGCCUUGAUAAAACAAAACCUACAAGGCGGUGA